AUGGUUCAAUAUGCGAACAGAACCAUCCAGGAGCUUCUGAUGGAGGGGAGCCAUCCAAGCUUUCUCGAGCGACCUCUCCCCGCCUCAAGGCUGAAACUGAUCAGCAGACUCUUCGACGGAGGCAAUGGAUUAGCGACGCAUGUCGGGCAAGAGGGCAUGAGAACGGCAGCUUGCCUCCUUGCCAACAGUUUGUUCGCUCAUCAGAUGACCAUCGCUCAUGAACUCUUGUACAUAGACUGCAUUGCAAACCUGCUUGAAUGCCUGGAUGUCGGUACGGAUGGGGGAGAAGACAAAGGAGAGGCUUGUACAUCUCAUAUGGGUUCGAAGGAGCAAUGCAUUGGGUUUGUUUGGAGAAGGAUGAUCGAUCUGUAUGUGGAGAUGCAUAUUCCUCAGAUGGGCAUCAAGUCAAGGUCAUUCGCAUCCGAGGUUGCGCUGCUGAGCACGGGGGAUCUUGUUAAGUUUCGUCAUCGGAACGUGUUGUCAAGAUGCAUAGCAGCAGCGAGCAAACACUGUUUGCCUGAUUCCUUGCCGUCUGUCCUAUGGGAGGACAUGAAAACUUCCUUGAAGCCGACGUUUCACAGCCACAGACAGGUCAUGCAGCUUCUGGAAACGAGCAUGCCGCCGUCCUUCGCAAAGAACACAAGUUUGGUGAUGGAGAUGGUGGAGUGCUGGCUGCAAUCUCCUGGUAGCAGUGUGGAAUGGGAUCUGCACUUUGCAAAGAUUUUGUCGACUGCACUGCAGUUUGGGGUGGAGGAUCCUGACUUGCACUUCAACGUUACACGUUGUUUGCUGAACAUGCUUGGGAGGAGUCUGAUGCUGCCCUGCGAUCUUCCCUUGUGCCAUCUCUCUCACGUUCCAGGGCCAAGGUUGGUGAAGUCGUUGGAGAGCUGCUUCACAGACCUUGGGCUGGAGGAUCGAACCGUGAGAGAGAGAAAGAAUGAAUUCAUUGCUAGGUUGUUCUCUGCAUUGUCCGUGUAUACUCAGAGCACUUUGAGAUCCCCUCUUGCUUCUGAUGAGGCCGAUGACAACCACGAUCUUGAAUAUAUCGAGGAUGUCGCGGCCGAGAUUGCAAAGAUCACUACCAAAGGAGUCUUGCAUUGUUUGGAGGGCGAGGGAAUUUCUGCGGAACGUGCGGACCUCUCGAUCAAUUAUCUUCAUCAUCUUAUCACUCUUUCGCAACAGCUCACCAGCCCGCACUUUCCUGGUCACUGGCAGGGACCUAUCUUCUCAAUGAUGGAAAGCGUGUUACGGCAAAAGGUUGAAGAACUUGAACAAGUGCUGUUUCCAUCAGUCUGCGAUGCCAUGUUUGCACAGAACGAAUCCUUUGUUAAGAAAGGUGUCAACGCUCUCGUCCACAUGACGAAAACUUCUCACAACUCUCAUCUCCAAACUUCUCUAUCAAUCACUCUUGAUAGGAUGAUCUCAACGAUAUUAGAUCCAGAGACCACUGAAGGUGCAACGAGCAGUUUGAAAACUCUUGCGAACAUCAUUGCUCGAUCGCCGGAUGUUAUCUUCAACAAGACCCACCGGAGGGGUGACGUUCAGCUCUUAGAUGUAUCGAGAUUGUCUCACAUUCUGAUUUCCAUUCCAAACCUCCUGGAUGCCUGCAACCUACAAGUCGUUGAUGCCGCGUUGGUUCUCUUGUUCGCCAUCUUCGAGCGGAUUGGCGAAAUGGCUCGACAGCAGGAGUCGUGGUCCUUCUUGGAGAGCUGGAGCAGCAAGCAAAACCACCAAGAAAGUUUCUCCGAUUUCCUAGAGCAUUGGAUCCGAGUUUACAUGGACAAAUUGUUUACCUUCAUGCAGAACAUCCCGACAGCGGACUCGUACCAUCAUCAGAGCCCUCUUGGAAUAAUCUACAAGAGAUUUAAGCUGGUCCAUCAGUCGAGCAAGAUGUGCGUCUCGUUGUCACAACAGCUCGAGAAGGUGAUCGCGGGAUGUUUGUGGUCUAUCGAUGACAACAUCCGACUGAUGGGGCAAACCCUCUUGUACAAGUACAUCUCUGGCCUGUUGAGGACAUCAUGUCCUCCGAUCAGAUCGCACGGAAACCAGAAUGAGAUGAGGUGUGAUCCAGUCGAGCCCGACAGGCUGAGAGCAGCCAUGAGAAUUGUAGACGAGCAGAAGACAGUCUGCUUCAUGGUUCUCAGAAACCCUCGCAGCAUCAUCAACCAAACAGAAUAUGAGGAGACCCCGCUCUCAGAGCGGGUUGUGCAGCAGAACGCGCUCGGCAUCCUGCGCGCUGUCAUGCAAGGAGCAGGAUCGAUCCUUACGAGGGCAGGGUGGGACUUGAGGAACAGGAAAGAUCAUUUAGAGGACAACGAUGAUGUUUCUUCUCUGCUGUGGGGGCGAGGGGGUGUUUGUGACUCGUUUUUCUCACCCAAGCCCGUCGCCCUUGAGUACAGCCUGUACGAUGGGAGUGAGAUGAUGGAGGAGUGUACGACCAUCUACGAGGAGUUUGACGUCACUGCCUGUGGCAACACCUCCCUUCCUCUCCGACAACUUGUCUUUCCCCCAGGGAUGGAGGAGAUGUGCCGUCAGUGGGCCAGGAAGACCGUCGGGGAGAUCUUGGGCUGCCUUGACGCCGUGCAUGCCACCUGCUCGGAUGAACAGAGCGUGCAGUGCUGGACGCUGGCAGCUGGAGAGCUGCUGGGCGACUCAUCGUCUCUCUUCAACCCCAUCAGGGAACUCAGGAGAGUGAAAGAGAGCCUGCAGGUCUGGUCGGAGGUGGGAGACGAUGCCUGGGUCGACUUUCAGUCCCUCCGAGACCUCCAGGACGAGCUCGUCGUCAGGAAGUUGCUCCUCUGGGGCCACAUGGAAGCGCUGUCUCCCUCGAGCAUCCCCACGAAGAUGCUGCCGCUGCUGAGCAAGUUCCUCCAGUCCCUGCUCUCCGACCGGCUCAGCAUGAUGAUCUCCGCUGCGACGUUCGUUCCGCUGCUGUCCCAGCUGUACCCUUCCUCCUUCAAGUCUCACCUCCUCCGCUUUCUUGACGAACAAGUCCAGAAACUCACAACAGCAGAGCAGGACGACCAGAGCGAGGACGACGAGGAGACCAACAAGCUGAGAAGGGUUCGAGCGCUCAACAGAGUCCUUGAAUGCUACCAGGAGAUGCACAUUCUGACGGUCAUGACGGGCAGCCUGGAGGGCAUCACGGGACUUGUCAACAGUCUUCUGCUGUCUUAUAAGUACUCGGACGACGACGUUCAGUCUUCGGUCAAGCAGCUGUGGAUGAAAGCUUCGAGCUUGUUCCGGAUGGACUUCACUUUCUGCGCUGGUCGACAGCUCAGCUCGUUGAGGCCGCAGAUCUCCAAGCUUGUCGACCUUGCGUCUCGUCAGCUCAUCGAGACCAAGUUAAAGCUGUUUGCUCUCUUCAACCUCCUCCUCUUCCUCCUCCAUGCUCUUGUCGACCAAGGACUGACCACGUCGGCGGAGUUCCUACAGUUCUCCUCUCAACUCACAAGUAUCAUCGUUACAAACUUCCUCUCGUCUGACCUUCCGGCCCGUCGGGUGUCCCUGAGGGCCCUGGGCCUCCUCUCUCGCUCCUCCUUCCUCACGUGCGCGAGUGAUGACGUCAGGGUUGCUCUCAGCAAGGGCCUGCAGAGGGCCAUGGAGGGAGAGGAGGAGCAAGAUCUCAGCGACAUGCUCCAGCUGGAAGAGAAGUCGGAGGACAAGGUGGAAUCCUCCGGAAGGAGCAAUCAGGUUGCGAUGGAGGAGGAGGAGGAGGAGGAGGAGACGGGGGAGAAGGAGAAGGUGGGGAGGGAGGAAGGGAGAGAGCAGUUGGUUCAACCCAGCAAGAAGAGAGGAAGGCUGUGGAUAUCCCGUCUUGUCAACGAUCACGAGACUGAUCACAAGCAAAGCGACGAGGAGCUGACAGUUCCGAUGAUAGAAGAUUGCAAAGUCUUCACGAAUAUCAGGAGUUGGAUGUGCUCACAAGAUCUCAAUAAGGUCAAGGAGUUUCAGAAUCAACAAUCUCAGCUCCAUCCGUUCCUCUCGCUGCUGAGCUACAGCCAUGUUGAGAUGUGGAGGACCCUCAGCGUUUUCCUCCCGCCCGACAAGUUCUCCGAAAUGUUCCAAGACAGUCUGAUAGAGAUCGCCAGAGAUCCCACGGCAAGUAGAAGUCAUGCGAGUCUUGUUGGGGAAGCGAUUGUUGGGAUGAUGGAGGCUGCAGCAGAGAUGAAGGCUCAGGACGGUCAUCUUGUGGCUCUUUCACAAAAGUUGUUCGAGAUUGCUUUCUUAUCACAAGAGCUGGACGGGGUUGUUCUUUUAGCUCUUGCUGCCCGGGAAGUUAUGGAGAUGAGGAUUUCCAAGAUCACGAGCAAGAUGUUGGAGUUCCUGCACUCACAGCUCAAAGUAUUGACGAGCUCAAAGAAGGAAAGUUACAUGUCGUCGAUGCGAUUGUUGAAGAUGGCCGUAACGUUGGUCGAAUCGAGGACAAGCUUCAACGAGGAGGAGAAAGCAUUCAUCGAGGAGCUUGCACGCCAGAUCGGUGGCGUUCACUUCCUUGGAUCGCAAUGGUGGAUGGUCAGGAGGGAGUCAGCCAGACUUGUUGCUGGGUGUCUGGAGAUCAGCUCGGAGUGUGACAGACUGAUGGAAGACUUUGCAAACAUAACAAGAGCUUGUGAUGCGAGCAGUGCUGAGGCAAUCACGAUCUUUGCCUCGGAGAUGAUGAAGCUUCCGUCGUUGAGCAAGAGACGUCAACGGACGGUCGGGGACCUCGUGCUGAAAAUGCUGAUGUCAUGCAAAGACAAUCGACCUGAGGAGGACCAAGACAGGCUGAUGACGACGGUCACCGAGAACCUACACAGUGUUCUCAUAUACAGUGACAGUAUAGAUGAUACAGUCAGCCGAUUGAUCCAGCUAGUGACAAGCACGGGCGACUCGGGUGCAACCAAGAAGUCAGUCCGCAUCUUGAGGAACUUGGCUGCUUCUCGUGUCCACUGCUUGCCGUCCGAUCGGCAGGACAGGAUGGAGGAGGGGCUUCGGACUCUGCAAGAAGUCUUACGAGUUUUCUUCCUCCUCCUCCAGCAGGAGGACGUGAAGGCUCUGGACCUGACGUGUUGCUCGCUGGGAGAUGAUGAUGAUGAUGAUGAUGAUGAUGAUGAUGAUGAUGAUGAUGAUGACGAUGACGAUGACGAUGACGAUGAUGAUGACGAUGACGAUGACGAUGAUGAUGAUGAUGAUGAUGAUGAUGACGAUGACGAUGACGAUGAUGGAGAUGAUAAUGAUGAUGAUGACGACGACGGUGAUGACGGAGGCAAUGAUCUGUUGGACGAUCAUUCAUCGACCGGGUUGCAGAGCAUCCUGGAUGGCAGCAAAUCGCAAGGGGGUGAGGAGAAGAAAGGGAGGCAGCGAGAGCAGAGAAAGCAUACGAUGAAAGAAGGAAAGUGGGAGGAAACGCAUGUAGAGAUGGAAGGGAGUUCGCUCAGGAAUCGAAAGUGCAUCUUGAUCGAGGAGGAGCAGGAGCAGGAGCAGGAGCAGGAGCAGGAGCAGCAGGAGCAGGAGCAGGAGCAGGAGCAGGAGCAGGAGCAGGAGCAGGAGCAGGACGGCAAUUCAGUAAUUCAAGAGAAUCUCAUGUUUAUCUACAGGAGUCGUCAAAGGAUGUUGUUUCUCAGCGCUGUUGCUCUCAGCCUUCGCUUCAACUCGCCUGUCUCUCCUCCUUACUUAUCUCCUCCUCUCUCACAACUGCUCGACGAGCUCAAGGAUGCCGUUCCUUCUUCACUUCUGCAUUACAUGGUUUCCGCCGCACAGGAAAUCUUGUGGUUCGUUGGCAGAAACAACGAAGACAUCCUCUUCAACUUGCACAAGCAACUCGUCGGAGUCGCAGAGGAUGAGGAUAAAGGAUUUCAUCUCCCUCCCUGCUCUUACAUCGGAUGA